AUGGCUGUCCAUCCAACACUCAGCGCCAGCCCGGCACCAGCUGGAUCAACGACGACGACAACGCAAGCACUCACGCCCCAGCAGGUCUUCGCGAUCUCGUCCUGGUCGGAGCAGGCCAUCGAGAGCCUGUCCCUCGAGUCCUCGCCGAUUCCGUAUCGCAAUUCGGCGCCGCUGACUAUCCCGCUGGACGACGACGUGCGGCAGCCAGCCUCCCCUACUCCGGUGCGAUUGGGCCGCAGUGUCCGCGUUGCAGACGGCGCUGCUGUAGCCACUGCUGAGCCGUCGACGUACCGACGCAGAGAGCCGUUGCGUCGCGAUAGUCUGAAGCGCCGCGAGUCGCUGCUCAAGGGCAAGGAAGGGAGUCGACGGCGACAGCGCUGGGAGAAUGACCGUCUGCUAAGUAACCCUUGGGCUCAACCUCCGUCAGCAAACGAUUGGCAGGUCCAACCUACGCAUCCUCGCCAUAACCCGGUUCCCUACUAUCUCGCCUCACUCUGGGACUCCCAUCAGGCCGCAAAGGAGCAGGCCCGGCGCAGGUCGAAGAGGAACCAAGACUCAUCUGACAAGAAGACCAAGAAGAAGAAGACGGAGGGGGAUGCUAAGAAGGCUCAUGCCAACGCCGAGCUGGAGAAGAUAUCCAAGGAGUUGCGGGCGAAGCUGAAGCACGCUCGUGCGGCGCGAGGUCUGGUGCAGGAGCUAGAGGAGGAGAUCAGGCUGUUUGUUCGAGAGUGGGUUGAGACACAGACCUGGCAUAGGUCUAGAGAGACGGAGAGCGAACGAUGCAGCGAUGACAGCGAGGACGGCGAUGACGAUGAAGUCGUCUUCACCGGCCGCAAGAUGCAGCAGUCUACUGUCCAGAAACAGCGGCCGUCUUCUUCUUUGCAUGCUUUGUCUGGUGAGAAGAUGGUCUUUGAGAGUCCGGCGGAGGAUCGAGCCGCUGGUUUCGGACGAUGGCUCGUCCACUCUCUGGCAUCCUACUACGGCCUACGCACCUGGUCAGUCACCGUGGGCAACCCUCCUCGCCGUGAAGCCUACGUGGGCAUCGACGAGUUCUCGCAGAACCUGCUACUUGCCGCUGGCCGGGGACUUUCAGACAACAAACCUGAUGGAAUCCUCCCCAGGCCUCUAUGGGUAUCAAUGUAG